AUGGCGCAACCACGUGCGAAGCUCCCUCCCUUGCAUUUACCGCAUUUUUCGGGAGAAACCAGAGACUGGCCUACCUUUUGGCAACUUUUCGAGUCAACUGUGGAUAAUGAGCCCAGCUAUGACAAUGUUGUAAAAAUGAGUUAUUUGCUCUCUCUGUUGGACAGGCCCGUACAGAAUGUGGUGGCUGGAUACUUACCUACGAAUGAAAACUACCCACGCGUUGUGAAGCUGUUAAAAUCGAGAUAUGGAGAUAAACGUGCGCUCAAGGAGUCGCUACAGUCAGAGCUCUACCACUUGCCCCAUGCUAAUGAUUCUGUGAUGGGAUUGCGUAAAUUUUUGGACAUAAUUGAAAGAGUAUGCCGACAAUUGACUGAUUACGGAAUUAGCGAUGACUCUUGGAUUGUUUUCACUAUAAAGGAAAAAUUGCCUAGAGGAAUACUUUCCAAACUGAUCGAAAAGGAACGAGUAGCCGAGCAAACUUGGAAUGUCGAAAAGUGGAGGAAAGAGCUUGACCUACUUAUUUCAGUCAAAGAAGAGGUCCAGAAAUGUAGCGUUAAUAAUGAACCUGAUUGGCACCCACAAAGGGACAGACGCCCACUGCCAAACCCUGAGCAAACCAGUUCAUUUCCGGUUACAAGUCAACUGAGGAAACCCUUUUGUUCAUUGUGCAAAGGAACCCAUCUACAAAGCAAAUGCCAGAAACAUAACAACCUUCAGGCCAAGAAGGAUCGUUUGCUGGACCAGAACCGUUGCCUAAAGUGCAUGUUAUGUAGAGGGAACCACCCUCCAAGCCAUUGUACUAAGUAUGGCAGUCCAAAGGCGAGGAAAUACAAGUUACUAGAGCAGAACCGUUGCCUAAACUGCCUGAGUGAUGGUCAUCGAACCUUUGAUUGCACGAAUAAUCGCCGAUGUAUUAAAUGUCGAGGAAAGCACCACCUUAUGGUUUGCUAUUCAAGCUAGAAUGUUUGAGACUGAAAAAUUGUUAGAUGAAAAGACAAGUGCUCUCCAAGAGAAAGAUAGAAAGAUAGUGAAAUUGAUGUCCGAGCUGAUGUUGGGACGCAGA